UGACCUUUAACAGUGAUGGGGCACCUGUGUUUGAUUCCAGCAAGAGCACAAUUUGGCCAAUUCAAGUAAUGUUAAAUGAGCUGCCAGUUUUGAUGCGGUGGCAAAAUGUGCUCGUCUCAGGGCUGUGGUUCUCAUGGACUCACCCACCGAUGCAUCUCUUCAUGACACAAUUUGUUGAAGAAGUCUCCAAUGUUGGAACUCUAGUGUGGUCUCAUGCUGGUAGGACCAUUAGAUCAGCAGUGCAUGCAGUUGUUUGUUGUGUGGACUCUCCGGCCAGGGCAGCUAUCUUGAACAGCAAGCAGUUCAAUGGAUACUUUGGGUGCAGCUGGUGCUUGCAGCAAGGUGAAGUUAUUGAUGGUACACUGAAGUACUCAUUUUGCAGCGACGUGCCUGGAAGGACACACCGUGGGGUGUUGAAAGCAAUGGUGAAAGCAGUGCAGAAGAAGGAACCAGUGUUCGGCAUAAAAGGUCCAUCCACUCUGAUCAAGCUGCGAGGCUUUGAUCUCGUCUGGGGCCUGCCUCCUGACUACAUGCACUGCGUCUUGGAAGGUGUGACCAAACAGGUUACUGAAAUGUGGCUGUCAGCUACAGGUUCCACGUGGUAUAUUGGGAGGCACAUGAAGCUAAUUGAUUCGAGGUUGCUCUUGAUAAAGCCACCAAUAAUCUUUUCAAGAUCAGGACGGCCUUUGUCAGAUCGUGCUUUUUGGAAGGCUGCAGAGUGGCGCUCUUGGCUUCUUUUCUACAGCCUUCCAUGUGUCUCUGACAUAUUGCCCCGACCUUAUCUGACACAUUUCGCACUUCUUGCAAAGGCUGUGUUUCUUUUAUUGGAGGAUGUUAUCCUAGAAGAUGAAAUUUGUGCUGCUGAGAGGUCCCUCUUAGCAUUUGUUCAGCAGAUGGCCAAGUUGUAUGGGCAGAAUGCAAUGACUUUUAAUGUGCAUCAAUUAUUGCACCUCACAAAGUCGACACGAAUGUUUGGCCCCUUGUGGGCUACAUCAACGUUUCCCUUUGAAGAUGGAAUUGGCAGGGCACUGCAGCUUGUGACAGCAGCUAAAUAUGUGCCUGCUCAGAUUUCUGAACGGUGCAUCAUGCACCAAACCUUCAGAACAGUUUCAGUGCAUAUGGACCUUCAACCAAGUCUUUUGUCUGCCAAAAAAGAGCUUGAACAUAGUUAUAAGCGUUGUUCUCAGACAUGUGUUCUUGGACAG